AUGUUAUCUUUUUUCAAGGACAUCUUUGAUCAAAGCACCCACAAUGAAUCUAGAUCAUUGCCUGAAAUUUGGGAAGAUCUUUACAGAAAGCUAAAUGUCUACAAGGAUGGCCGUAUAGAUGCCGAUGAAUUAAGAAAAGAACUGGAAGAAAUUGGAAAGGAUGGCUUCAAAGGAAGAGACUUUGAAGCAUUCAUGAAGUAUCUUGAGAGCCAGCAAAAGACCAUAAAACUUGGCUUUGGGAAGGUUGCAAAGGAGAAAACUGGCAAAGUUGGAAGAUUGAAGGUUAUACAACUCAUGGGAAAACUACGUGUCAGUCUUAGUAUCUUACAAGCAAAAAAGAUUAUAAAACACUUGGACAACAAUAAGUAUAUGGACAUUGAUUGGAACAGGUGGUGGCAGAUCUAUGUAACAGACAAAGAGGACAAUAUGCGAAAUAUGAUUGAUGUCUGGAGAUAUAACAGUAUCUUUUCUAUCAAUGAUGAUAUAACCAAUUGUGAGGAGUUCUUGGAGAAUGAGGAGCCAGAGAAGUGGUGGGGCCAUCUGAUUGCAGGAGGCACAGCUGGAGCUACCUCACGAACUGUGACUGCCCCUUUUGAUCGUCUCAGAGUGCUAAUGCAAGUUUAUUCUACACGAGAGAAUAAGAUAAAGAUAUCAAGUGGCAUAAAGCAAAUGAUUGCAGAAGGAGGUCUGAGUUCAAUGUGGAGAGGAAAUCUAACAAAUAUAAUGAAAAUCUGUCCAGAGUUAGCCAUCAAGUUCAUGGCAUAUGAAGAGCUAAAGGAACUAAUUGCAGCAGAUGCAGAAAGUCUGAGAAUGAGAGAGCGAUUUCUCGCUGGAUCGAUGGCCGGAGCGGUGUCUCAGUCAGCCACGUAUCCUAUUGAGGUGCUGAAAACCAGAAUGAUGCUGCGAAGGACUGGAGAACCGAGAGAACUCUAUGCCCAUGUCAGGAACAUUUUCAUGUAUGAGGGUUUUUCCACCUUCUUCAGAGGCUAUGUUCCAAAUAUCAUGGGGAUCAUUCCAUAUGCUGGUAUAGACCUGGCCGUGUAUGAGACUCUGAAGAACUUAUGGAUACAGAGGUACACCACAGGCAACGAGAAGCCCAACAUCUUGCUGGUGGUGGCCAGUGCCUCAGCUUCCAAUGUAGUUGGUCAGUUUGCCGGUUACCCAUUGUUGGUGCUGCACACUCAGAUGCAGGCAGAAGUGAUUGAAAAGGGAAAGGGAAAACCAAGACUGAGAGAAUACUUCUGGAAUAUUCUGACCAAGGAUGGUUUGCCCGGUUUCUACCGUGGAUUCACUGCCAACAUGAUCAAAGCCAUUCCGUCCGUCUGCAUAAGCUACAUUACGUAUGAGUACCUGAAGACGCAUCUCGGCCUCCACUCCCACUGA